AUGCCUGCCCGUGAGAGCAGCAGCAGCACCCGCAGCAAGAGUCAGACCCACGCCGCCGCAGCCGCCGCAACCAGUGGACAUGGAGGAAAUGGAACCACAAACACGAAGCCACGGGGCAAGCCGCGGGGGAUGCGCCGCGACCGAGACUGCCGCACCUGUAAGGCGAGGAACGUCAAGUGCGACCUGAACCGCCCGCAGUGCCUCCCCUGCGUCGAGGCCGGCCUCGCCUGCGGAGGGUAUCCACAGAGAGUCGUCUGGGCCGGGGAAUCGUCUUCAACAUUGGCAACUGCAUCGACAAAGUCAAAGGUCGAACCCCAACUUCAUCUCCAUCCCCCACAUGCAAAACCACAGCCGCCGCCGCCGCGGGGGCGCCGCCGGUCGUCGCGGAGCAGCAUAUCCACUUCGUCGUCGCAGUCCCGGCCAACCGACCACCCGAUACCGGAGAUAGUCUCCUUGGCGAAGCUGCAAGGGCGCGAUGCCUCCUCCACAUCGCCACGAGGCGGAGCUGGAGGCGGAGGCGGCGUCGACGACCACAACAGCUUCAUCAACCGCCUGGCGACCUUUUGUCAGCAAAUUAUCUCGGCCAGGGGCCGUGCUGGUGCAGCGGGCAACAACGGCUAUCUCUCGGACGAGGCCAUCUCGCUCGUGGCGCAUCUGUCCGACUUUGUGCAGGCCCGUAUCCAGGGCUACUCGUCUGCCGCAGCACUUGGCGAUGGGCGGGCCAUGACCGAGUCCAUGGACGCGGCGCGCCAUCGCCUGGCCGCGCUCGUCGGCCUCAACGAGGCGUUGCGCGUGGCCAACCCGCUGGCAUUGCUCGCCAUCGCCGCGUUCGCCUUCUUCGAGGUGUACGACAGCGAGUUUGGCGAGUGGCAACGGCACGUCUACGGAGCGAGGUCGUUACUUGACUACCACUGUCGAAGCCGCGCCGAGCUGGAGCAGCUGUCCGUCACGGUCACCGGCCUGACCGAGAUCGUGGCACGGCUUGUCUGGUUCGACGUGUUGGGUGCCAUUGCGCGGCAGAGCACGGGGCUCAUCUUUGACGACUGGCACCGCGAGGUCCUAAACGAGGGCUUCUUCGAGGUCGUCGGCUGCGCGGCCGACACGUUCGACCUGUACGUGCGCGUCGCCAAGUCGGACGUUGCGUCCUCGGACCACUUAGACAGCUGCGUCUUGGCCAUGGACCAGCUCUUGAGGUUGGACCCCUCAGACGUGACGGACUGGGGCCGCUCCGCCAACGCGCAUAGAUGUGCGGCUACCAUUGCCGUGCUCGCAAAGCUGCCGGGCCAUGCGGCUACUCCGGCGACACAGAGGGCCAUGCGGUCCGCGGUCGAUAGGGCGUGCCAUAUCAUCGCCUCGACGCCAUCGUCGUCGCCGUUUUACAUAUUCAUGGCUGUGACGGCCUACCUGGCGGGCCUGCACGCCACAACGGACCAACAGCGGAAUGUCGUGCGUGGAUACUGGCAGAGCUGCACCACGGCGGGUGUUCCACGGUACCCCUGUGCGUUGGCCAAGUGCGAGGCGACAUGGGCGAGUCGCGGAGCGAUUCCGGGAGAUGUCAGUUGGAGUCCGAUAUGA